UCUUUUUAUCAAGCUUAGAAAAUCGAAUAAUCCCAUCUUAUAAUUUCCUUAGUACCGUGCUUAAGUCUGAUGAGAAGAUUUUAGGUGCUAUGAAACGCUGUCCGCGCCUCAUGGGAUACAAUCCUUGUGAUAUUUUGUCACCCAAUAUCAAUACUUUGCUGGAUAAUGGAGUUGCUGAGUGUAAUAUUGCUUCAGCACUUUGUUCAAUGCCUUUAACAUUUGUUACCAGUCCAGAUAAGUUUAAGGUUAAUGUAGAGGAAGCAAAGGAAAUGGGAUUCGAUCCGUCCAAGCCAAUUUUUAUGGCAGCACUCUUUGCAAUGAGUGGGAUAAGCAAACCAACAUUCAAGAGCAAGAUUGAAGCUUUUAAGAAGUUUGGUUGGACCGAGGAGGAGGUUUCUGAAGCCUUUCAUCGGUAUCCCAAGUUCAUGUUGGUGUCUAAGGAUAAAUCUAUGGUGACGAUGGAUUUCCUGGUGAACAAAAUGGGGUUUCCGUCUAGUGUUAUUGUGAAACGUCCCCGGAUUCUGGAGAUGAGCAUGGAGAACAGGAUUGUUCCGAGGGGUCUGUUUGCUAUAGAUUUGUUGUCCAAAGGUGUCAUCAAGUGCAUUAACGUGCAGCCAUUGUUGGGGACUACCGAUCGUUUGUUUGUCGAGAAGUUUAUCAACCGCCAUAAAGCUGAAGCAUCUCAGCUGUUAAAGCUAUAUCAUGAAAAGUUAGAUCUUUCAAAGAACUGGAGAGUAAAUGGUGACAAGUUGCAGCAUUUAUAGGAUGUUGAUUAUCGAGAUUAAACGGUUCAAAUUUAUUUGUGUUCCUUUUUAGUUGGAUUAUUUUAAGUUAAAACAUACUUGGCUUCUGUUUAAGAAUGCUUUUAAUACAAUCUUAGUA